AUGAAGUUUGGUAAGAAGGAAAAGGUUAGUCCCAGAUAUAUUGGACCUUAUUGCAUAGCAAAGAGGAUUGGUAAUAUAUCUUAUGAGUUAGAUAUACCUCAAGAGUUAGCAGUAGUUUAUCCGGUGUUUCACGUCUCUAUGUUGAAAAAGUGCAUGGGCGAUUCAUCAUUGAUCACAUCAACUGAGAAUAUUAGGAUCAAGUAUAGUCUAUCUCAUGAAGAUAUUCCGAAUCAGAUUUUAGAUUGCCAAGUUUGCAAACUGAGGACUAAAGAAGUAGCUUCAGUCAAAGUUCUUUGGAGGAACCAAUUUAUUAGGGAAGCUACUUGGGAAGCCGAGGAGGAUAUUAAGAAGAGAUUUCUCCAUCUCUUUGAAUCCAGAGAAAAUGCGGAUCAAGGUACUAAUUCUAUUCUUAGUACUCUUUAA